CAGCCUCUUUCUCUGCAGACACUCUGAAGUGGACUAUGAGGGAGGAGGACCAAAGAGGACUAUGGGUGGUUUUGGUGUGGAAAUGCUUCUGAAGACCCCUGCCCACUGAGGACUCCCAGCAGUCUCAAAGCGUCUGUGUGACCAAUGUCAGCGUUUGAAGCGUCCGGUGAAAGUUUAGCCGGCGGCCAUCUCAACACCCAGCUCCCAGCAGCAACCGACUCCCAUCUGGAGAGAGAGAGAGAGAGAGAGAGAGAGAGAGAGAGAGCCUGACUCCCAUCUGAGACGGAGAGAGAGAGAGAGAGCCUGACUCCCAUCUGAGACGGGGAGAGAGAGAGAGAGAGAGAGAGAGAGCCAUGGGGCCGCGGCAGUCUAAACGCCUCCCUGAUGAUCUCACGCACGCCGCCAGCCCCUUCCAGGACGCCCACCACCCCCGCCAGACGGGCCGCAAGGCCAGCAGCAUCAGCACGCUGGGCCGCGGACGCGAGGGUGGUGGAAGGCCGGGGGCGGCGGAUCGUCUGCGGCGCCACGCGGUGCGUCACCUGGGCUACACCACGCUCAGCAUGGCCAUGCGUGGCCUGGAGGAGGUGCCGGCGGAGCUGUGGGAGGUGCGCGAGCUGCAGAAGCUCAACCUGUCGCACAACUGCCUGAGCGCACUGCCCCAGGGCAUGGCCCGCCUGCACAACCUGGUGCUGCUCAACCUGGCCGGCAACGAGCUGGCCAGCCUGCCCGCCGAGCUGGGCCUGCUCCGCAACCUCCGGGUCCUGUUCGCCUACCGCAACCAGCUCAGUGAGCACCACCUCACCAAACUCAACCUCAGUCACAACCGCAUCGCGCACAUCCCUGCCUGCGUCUACGCCAUGAGAGGCCUCGUCUUCCUGCACCUGGCCGGUAACCAGCUGGAGAACAUCGCCGACCAGAUCCAGGACCUGGUGAACCUGAAGAUCCUGAUCGUGGAGAGGAACCGUCUGCACACGCUGCCCAGGACGCUGGGCUCGCUGGGCCGCCUGGAGCUGCUCAACGUGGACUUCAACGAGCUGCAGAGCCUCCCCGCAGAGCUGCACACGCUCAUGAGGCGCCUGGGACGGCUGGCCUGCCACCCGCUGGACAAGGGCCUGCACGUGGUCCACAACCCCCUGCUCAAGCCAACCCAGGAGGUGCUGCAGGGCGGCCUCAGCGCCCUCCACAACUACCUCAAGCCUGGAUGAGGGGACAGAUGCGGUGGGCGGAGAGAGAAAGAGAGAGGGAGAGAGAGAGAGAGAGAGAGAGAGAUAAAGAAAGAGAUAGGGAGAGAGAAAGAGAGAUAUAUAGAGAGAGAGAGUGAGAAUGAAAGAGAUAAAGAGAGA